GUCACGAUCUAGAUCCAGGGAUAGAAAGAAACACUCUAGGUCUCGAAGGUCCCGAUCUCGUUCUCGCUCAAGAAGGCAUCGUUCAAGAUCACGAGAAAGGCGUAGAAGAUCCCGAUCUCGGUCUGGCAGUAGAUCACAUAAAAAGAGCAGUAGACAUCGAUCAAGAAGUCGUGACAAGAGUAGAGAUAAAGAUAAACAAUCUAAGAAAAAAAGUAAAACACCCACACCAGAGAAAGAGAAGACUGAAGCACCACCCCCUGUCAUUGAACAGACAGCUACUGAGGUUCCACCUGUAGAUAAUGGUAAUUCUGAACCACAAGAAUAA